AUGAUCAAUAUUCUAUCUACUUGGACUUUACUUGGAUUUAUAGCAGUAAAUAUUUUAUUUCUUGAUCGUGUCAAAUGCAUUAUCAAUUGGAACGGAAAUAAUUGGGCCAUGUCUUGUGAUUUUCGUGGAAAUGAUUUAUCUAACAUCCGAACUUCAGGAGAACUGUGUGGUGAAAAAUGUGCUCAAACUCAACAAUGUACUCACUUUACAUGGACUCAAUAUAAUGGUGGUACUUGUUGGAUGAAAUCAGGUACGAUUUCCAAAAGUGAUGCCUUCUCAACCAAUGAUCAAACUAUGGUCUGCGGUGUAAUUAAUAGUGGCCAACAAGACACCAUCCAGUGGAACGGAAAUAAUUGGGCCAUGUCAUGUGAUUUUCGUGGAAAUGAUUUAUCUAACGUCCGAACUUCAGGAGAACUGUGUGGUGAAAAAUGUGCUCAAACUCAACAAUGCACUCACUUUACAUGGACUCAGUAUAACGGUGGUACUUGUUGGAUGAAAUCGGGUACGAUUUCCAAAAGUGAUGCAUUCCCAACCAAUGAUCCAACCACGAUGUGUGGUGUAGUAGGAGCAAGGGAUGAUACCGAAUGGGUUCGCGUAUGGGAAGAUAAUUUCGAUUGGAAUGGUGGAGUCGAUCCUAAUAAAUGGGACUUUGAUGUCGGUGGAAAUGGCUGGGGCAAUGGUGAACAACAAUAUUACACAAAUAAUCGAUUGGAAAAUGCACGUUGUGAACUAUUUCCAGGCAGUACCAAUGGUCGUCUCAUUGUUGAGGCACGUCGGGAAAACAUGGCAAAUUCUCAAUUUACUUCGGCUCGUCUCAAGAGCAAGGGUAAAUGGACAUAUGGCCGUUUACAAAUUCGUGCCAAAUUACCUGAUGGUCGUGGUCUAUGGCCAGCUCUUUGGAUGUUGCCGGAAAAGCAAACAUACAGUAAUACCUAUUGGCCAGAUAAUGGUGAAAUUGAUUUGAUGGAACAAGUUGGUUAUGAUCCAUUGAGUAUUCAUGCAACUGUACACACACAAGCAUAUAAUCAUAUGAGAGGCAACCAACCAACUAAUACCGUAACUGUCAAUGAUGCUGUUUCAAAUUUUAAAAUUUAUACACUCGAUUGGAAUGUAGAUAAAAUUGAAAUGUUCGUUGGAGAUGAUGCAAAUCCAUUCGCUAAGAGUAUCUUAGUUUGGAAGAAAGAAGGCGAUUGGACACAAUGGCCAUUUGAUAAACCAUUCUUUGUUCUUAUUAACAUUGCCGUAGGUGGCAGUUGGGGUGGUGCACAAGGCAUCGAUUACAAUAUUUUUCCUCGUCGAAUGGAAGUUGAUUGGGUGCAUUUUUAUCAGCGACGCUAA